AUGAAUGUUGAUAUUGAAGAGCUUUUAUCAGAUUCAGAUGAAGAGGAUUUUCAACAAUUAAUUACAAUCUAUGUUAACUUACAAAAGAAUGGAUUUCUAAGAAAGAAACCUCGCUUGCAAAGGAUUUCAAAGUUAACAGGUCACCAAUAUGUUCUUGAGCUUCUUAAUGGACAUCCAAUGACAUGCUUCGAGUUGCUUCGAAUGACUCCCCAGGUCUUUAUAAGCUUGUGUGAAGAGUUAAAAAAAAGGGAUAAGUUGAAAGACUCUACGUUUAUAUCAAUUCAAGAACAAGUUGCAAUGUUUCUUCUUAUUAUUUCUCAUAAUUCGAGACAGAGAUUUGUAGCUAAUAGAUUUCAACAUUCCUUGGACUCUAUUCAUCAUCAUUUCCGGAGGGUCUUGUAUGCAAUCUGUUCUUUGUCGAAGUAUUGGAUUAUUCCUCCAUCAUUUGAAGAAACUCCUCCAGAGAUUAAAAAUAAUCCAAGAUAUUAUCCGAUAUUCAAGAAUUGCAUUGGAGCUAUUGAUGGAACUCAUGUAUCAGCACGUGUGCCACAAGAUCAACAGAUUCCAUAUCGUGGAAAAAAAUUUGAGCCUACAAUGAAUGUAAUGUGUGCUUGCUCAUUUGACAUGAAAUUCACAUUUGUGAUGGUUGGAUGGGAAGGUACGGCAAAUGAUUCAAGAAUAUUUUGGGAAACGAUUACAAACAAAGAACAGACUAAGUUUCCUCUGCCUCCUAUUAGAAAAUAUUAUCUAAUUGACUCGGGGUACACAAAUAUGCCCGGAUUUCUUUCACCGUAUCGUGGAGAACGAUAUCAUUUGCGUGAUUAUAGAGGUACAACGAGCCCACAAGGUCCGGAGGAGAUAUUUAAUUAUACACAUUCUUCAUUGCGUAAUGUUAUUGAAAGAUGUUUUGGAGUGUUGAAAGCUAGAUUCCCGAUUCUCAGAGAUAUGCCUCAGUAUGAUUUAAAAAGACAAAAGUAUAUAGUUUUAUCCUGUUGCGUUGUCCACAAUUUCAUAAAAAUGUGCAAGGAUGGAGAUCCCUUGUUCAUACAUUAUGGAGAUAAAAAUGUUGAACUUGAAGAUGAUGGAAUAUCCAAUGUAUCUGAAGAAUUAGUGACUCCUAGUGUUAGUCAAAGUGAACUUCGUAGAAUGGCGGAGUUUCGAGAUCGUUUAGCAAAACGGUUGUGGGAAAGACAAAUUUCUCAAUGA